AUGAUAACAGAAGCGUAUUCCAAAGUGCCUUCCAAGGACAGUUUCAAAGUUGUUAUUGGAGGCGGCAGCAUUACUAGACUAACAUUAGCCAACAUGCUGCAACUACACGACAUCGAUUUUGUCGUUCUCGAAGCAUAUCCCGACAUUGCUCCCCAAGUCGGUGCAAGUAUCGGUUUAUUGCCACAUGGAAACAGGAUAUUUGACCAACUCGGUUUGUUCCAGAAAACUGUAGAUCUGUGUCCUCCUUUGGAGUCGUUUUAUCUUCGUGACGACUCAGGCGAUGUGAUACGAGAGUUUCGAGGAAUGAACCAUUCUAUGAAUGAGAGACAUGGCUACCCGAUUACCUUUUUGGGUCGCCAGAUGGUGCUUCAAAUACUAUACGACAAUAUCAAAGAUAAGAAAAAGAUCCUUACCAAGAAACACGUUCAGAAGGUUGAAAUUUCUAAUAAUAGCGUGCUUGUUCAGACUUCGGACGGUUCUUUCUUCGCAGGUGAUAUCCUAGUUGCUGCGGACGGUAUUCAUAGCACUGUUAGAGAGGAGAUGUGGAGGAUUGCGAAUGAGCAGUCACCCGGGUGGAUUCCACCCACUGAACAUUCUGGUGGAUUUUAG